CGGAUCAUGCAUAUACUUUGCAGGGCUUUGUCAUUUGGUGGAAGGCGGAUGACGAGUUUGCGUUGGCGAGGGGAAGGAAGCAGGCCAGCAACACACGAAGAGGAUGAAUCUGCAGGAGGGGCAACAGGAGCGGGGAGUAAACACUCCCUCGGAGAAACGAUUUCAGUUCCGCAGUCUGAGGCUGAAGGCUCACUGAAAGCUCCUGUGCUGCACCUGAAGUCCUCGGUGAAGGUCACUCAGAUGUCAUCGAACAAGCCCAGCAGUGAGUUGUCUCCUGUUUCAGGAUCAGAUGAGGCAAAGAAGAAGAACAAGAAGCACAUGCCGAAAUGGAGUUGCUUCGACAACUGCGUGUGGGCUUUCGGCAUGUUCAGUCUGACCUCCAUGCUGAUGUUGGUUGCACUGCAGCUGGUUCCAAGAGGAACAGGGACCGACUACUUGUUGAAGUUAACGGGUUCUCCUCUUCCCGAGAGUCCAGGGAAGCGACUGGCAAGAGAAGGGCUGAGGAAACAUCAUCCUCUGGUACUUGUACCAGGGAUUGUGACGGGGGGCUUAGAACUCUGGCAGGGGCGUGAAUGUGCAGAAGGAAUGUUCCGCGAACGUAUAUGGGGGGGCACCUUCGUUCGCGCUUUGCAGAGGCCAGGCUGUUGGAUGGAGCACAUGAUGAUGGACAAUGAGACAGGACUGGAUCCCGCAGGCAUCAGAGUGAGACCAGUCUCGGGUCUUGUGGCAGCAGACUACUUCAUGCCCGGGUACUUUGUCUGGGCGCCGUUGAUCGAGAGCCUCGCGCAAGUUGGUUAUGAUGAAAGGAGUCUUCAUAUGGCAGCGUACGACUGGCGGUUAUCUUUCCAAAACACAGAGGUAGGUGGGGUGGGCGCUAUAACAAAUGUGCAGCCCACAAUCGUCAUGGCUUGCAACUGGAAUGCCCUCUGUCGUGCAUGCUUCAGAGGCGCGGUUCCCACCAGUUUCACUAAUCGCCUUGGCAGGGACUUCAUUGGGUACACUGACUGGUUCACUCUUAUGAAGUACAUAGUCAGUCUUGAGGCUAUAGACCUCGUUUCCACAACAGGCAGCAAAAAGCUCAUGGGCGGCAGGCGGUUCAAAGGCAGCAGCCGUUUUGUUGUGCAUGACCUGCUGGAGGUUGAAGAAGAGGCCGAUGCAGAUGACCCAACUCUUGUUGACGACCAAGAAGAGGACAAUGAUAUAGCCUGAGGAAGGAAGAGGUUGCUGGAGGUGGCCAUAGCUGUAGAGUACAGCCAUAGCCGCCAUCUCAGCAAGGAAGGAGGAAGGAGCGCAGGAGGAUUGCUGGAGGUGGCCAUAGCUGUGAAACACAGCCAUAGCCGCCAUCUCAACGAGGUGAAGAGAGGGGAGGCUUCCAUAACCACCGUGCUGCGGGGUGCCAGCAGGAGGUGCUGCUGUUCGUGGCAGGUUCUUCAGCAAGCGGUGCAGGAGAAACUCUGCCCGUCUUGCACGGCGACGGCAGGUUUUUCGGCAGGCGGUGCAGGGGAAACUCUGCCCGUUUUGCACGGCGGCGGCAAGUCUUCGGCGAGCAGUGCAGGGGAGACUGCCUAUUUGGCACGGCAACGGCGGCGCUUUUUGACGUCCCGAUGUGAUCCUCCACCUCCACCGGUUUCACCAAACAUCCAAAACCUACUCGAUCGGUUCCCAGAAGUUUCGGUCGAGCCACGUGGAGUCCCCACGCGAUCGGUCCGACACACCAUCGAGUUGGUCGAGGGUGCUAUUCCUCCAAAGGGCUGCGUAUACCGAAUGGGACCCGGCAAGUUGGAGGAACUCCGGCGACAGAUUGACGACAUGAUUGACAAAGGGUGGAUCAAGCCUCGUGAGCUUGAAUUUGGUGCUCCUGUGUUAUUUGUUCCGAAGAAUGGAGGCAAACUACGCAUGUGUAUUCACUAUCGCGGUCUAAACCGCAUCACAAGAAAGAACGCCUAUCCAUUGCCCCGCAUAGAUGCCUUGCUUGAUGCAGCAGGUGGGUGCAAGGUUUUCUCCAAGAUCGAUCAAAAGUCUGGCUACCACCAGAUUGAAGUCGAUCCUGCGGACCAGCACAAGACUGCGUUGAAAACACCCUAUGGGCUUUACGAGUUUACUGUAAUGCCCUUCGGUCUCACGAACGCACCGACCACCUUCCAAAGCUUCAUGGACAAGGUCCUCCGCGAACAGAUUGGUCGGUUCGUGGUGGUAUACCUCAAUGAUAUACUAAUCUUCAGCAAAUCCAUGGAGGAACACCUCAAGCACCAUGAGGAAGUGCUCACUAUCCUCAAGAAGACGCAACUCCAUCUCAGACGAGAGAAACCUGAGUUUGGGAAGGAUAGCGUAAUGUAUCUUGGGCAUCGGUUGUCUGCUGCAGGCAUAGAGCCUGAGGCAACCAAGGUUGCAGUUAUACGCAAUUGGCCUCAGCCCGCGAACGUCCGCGAACUGCGCUUUUUUCUUGGUCUUGCGUCAUACUAUCAGAAGUUUGUGCCCCGCUUCUCUAUUGUUGCUCGUCCAUUGUCCCGGCUGGCAAGCAAAAAUGUUCCUUAUUCUUUGGACACCGCGUGCACGAACGCCUUUCAAGCUUUGAAAGAAGCCUUGCGAACCCUCUUCUCGCAUGUGGUGCUAUGGUUUGGGAAAGCAACAGAGCCACAUACAGUUGAGGAGGAGGCAGAAAUUGACCGUCGGCUAGCUGAAAAGAAGGAGGAGGAAGUAAAGAGAAAGCUGCAGGCAGAGAAGCAGCAGAUGCAGAAGGAGGUGCUAGAGAAAGAAAGGAAGUUGGAGGAAUUGAAAGAUGAAGAAGAAGAAGAAGAAGAAGAACAUGUAGGAGAAAGGUUGGAAAGGAGGACCCAGUCCCAAGAAGAAAGGGUUGAGAGCAGCCAAGCAGGGGCGAUUCGUAUGCGACAGCUGGAGGCAAUGAACUGGAUGGAUCAGUUCGGUUACCGGACGGAGUUCCCCGAAGAAACGGAGGAGAAAAAUGCCUUCAUCAUAAAGUUGGCCUCAACAGCGGACGAGGCAGAAAUGAAUUUACUGCUGGAGGAGAAGAAAGCAGAAUUAAAUACUAAGAUGGUGGGGGCAAAAAGGCAGGAAUAUAGCUUUUACAGCGGUGGUACGGAAGUGCUGCCGAACUUUUGCAGAGGCGACGCAGGCUUUUUACGGCGAUGGUACGGUGGUGUUGUCGAACUUUUGCGGCAGCGACGCAAGCUUAACGGCGGUGGUGCGGAAGCGGUGCAAAAAUUUUACGGCGACGGCACCAGGCUUUACAGCGGCAGUGCGGACGUGCUGUUGAAAAUUUUCGCAACGUCGGCACAGGAGAAAAUCGAAGACGGGAAUGCUGGGAAAAUCGGAAGCGUGGGCACAGGUAGUAGGAAGCUAGAGGCUGCCCAGUGUCGCCAGGACCGCCAAACUAGAAAAGGACUGUCUAAGCAGGAAGCGGCAAAGGAGUGUGAGAGAAUAGCAGGGGUGACUCUUUCCCCAAGGACGGAGAAUGGUCGCCGGGAAGUCGGUAGUAGCAUAGGAGGUGCGCAGCAAGGGAAGGAAGGAAGCAGGAAGGGACAGGGCGCAAGGCGCCGACGUGACACGGCGGCAAGAGGGCCGAGGAGACCGCAGGCAAGCCCGAGACUGCUCAAGGGCGUCAAGCAACUAUUGACGCGUAGACGUGUAGAAAUAGAGGAGGCUCCGGAACCACAGGAACAAGGAUCCGAGGAGGCAGAGGCGCCACAAGGAGUCUCUAAUAUCCAAAGCAUUCCAGGGGGCCUGGAAGACUUGGAAAAAGCCUUUGCCGAUAUUCGUCUGAGUCUGCCGGAUCGAGAAGGUGGCGACGUAAUGAGAGCACCGCCCGGUACUAAACUUAGUUUCCACACACUGCCCGUAGGAAAACUUAAAGUCCAGGUCGGAACUCACCACACCGAUGCACUAGUGGAUGGCGGCGCGGAAAUUACCCUCAUACGACGGGAUUUCGCAACAAUCACGGGGUGCUCAGUAAACGAGGAGGCAGCAGGCAACAUUCGGGGAGCGGGGGGAGAUAUUCCCUUCACUGGAUAUGUCACAAAAUGCGCGAUCAAGGCAGGAAUUCGGGAAUCCAUCUGGUCUUUCCAACGGAUGACCGUCAUGGAAGAAAUGGACCAUGACAUAAUCCUCGGGAGACCAUGGUGCGCCAAUGUAGAAAUGAUUGGCAUGCACCCGCAUGAUGGCACAUAUAUGGUAGACAUAGAGGAUCCAGUGACUGGUCGCGGAGAACUUCUCCGACUCCUCGGAACUGGAGGGGACCCUCCAAAGGGUAAGUUGGCAACCUGGUCACCGACGUUUGAAGAAAGCGCAUGGAAAGGUGCAUUCGCACGGAUGCAAGGCAUGAGGGAAAGGGUAGAAAUUAUGAUUGAGGAAGUGUUUAGUAAAAAGGAAUGGAUAAAAAUGGGUCUGCCUCUAAAGAAAAAGCGACAGGAGGACGAGGCCCUGGAAGUUAUGGUGGCAGAAAAAGAGUCGGAAGUCGAACUUGGGGCCAGCCUGCCCAAGCCAAAGGAAGGCCGGAACGAAACGUCGGAGGUUGUGCUUGAAAUCCCAGAUUUGUUACAACUCGUUAAGGCCAUCAGGUAUCACAAAGUGGGGGUGGACCCCGCAGCACUUGCUAGAUUUGAGGAUGGGGUCCGAAAGGGCUACUGUCUGAAUGGGAAGCUAGUCAGCAUCCAGGCCCGCGUCUUGGAGGCAUACUUGUUUGGGAGGCGAUUUAUCUUAAGGAUCGAUCCUACGAACGUUGCGGGGGCACUAAAGAAUUACAAACCUAUAGACCCGACCGUUGGCAGAUGGAUAGGUUUCAUAUGGCAAUUCGACUAUAAGGUCGAGCGGAUCGCGGGGCUUCGAAACAGGGCGGAUGGGCUGAGUAGGGUAUGCAUCACGCCGGAGGGAAUAGAGGACGCGAAACCAAUUGACGCCUUCCUAGAUUACGAAGGAGUGGUCCUUGUUGUGGAUAACGAAAUGGCCGACUCAACGCUUACAACAGGCCAGCCGCUGAUUCAGACCUUGGAAAAGGGCACGCGUGCAGUAGUGGCAGAACUCAGGGAAGUACCAGUCACCACGGUCAUGCGCAAAGAGGAAAAGGACUCGUGGGGAGCAGAAGUAGGGGCCAAAGAGAAACUGAUGGCAAUGGCCGUGGAAGGGGGACGGGACGCCGUGAUGACGUUGGCCGAAACCUGGGCGCAGAAGGAGUGCCAGUACCUAGUCAACCAGACCCGGGAAGGGCAAGAUACGGAACGAAAGGAACAAGAGUUCUUCCUCAUACAGAUGUAUGAGGGCGUCUUUAGAGAAAUCGGUCUGCUGCUUGUAGGGAACAAACAGUCCACGGAAGUCAGCUCCAAGGCAAGGGUGGAAGCUGAGAAGUACGUCUUAAGAAAUGGUCACCUGUUUAAGAAAGAGGAAGGGAUGAUGUCGAGGCGUGUCGUUUGUGGGAGGUCUAGGCAGCUGGAUGUAAUUCAAGCAAUGCAUGAUGGGCUAGCUGGAGGUCACCGGUCGUCAAAAGGGACACUUGCAAAGAUCGUGCCCCUGUAUUUCUGGCCAGGAAUGGUAGGCAUGGUCGCAACGUAUUGCCAGAAGGGACAGUCGUCAAGGCAAGCUGGAGAGUCAAGCUCCAGGAAAAGGAAGUUGUAUGUGCGGUUCGAUCACAACCUAGUUGUGAACAGGGGAGGCAGAAAGCAAGGAACCAGGGGACCUUCACCACCAAGGGAGGGGGAGCCAAUAGUCCUCCCCUCUGAAAGCGAUACCAGCAAGGACGAAGAGAGGAACCCGGGGAAAAGGCCAAGGUUGGAGGAGGAGGAGUCCAUCGAGGUCAUAGACCUCAGUAGCGGGGAAGAAGAGGACGAACUGACAACGCCCACAAGGGAAGAUCGGGGAAGAGAGGAGGACCCAGGGGAAGAAAAGGAUCCAUGGAAAAGAGAAUUCGGGCCAACCUUCAGCGAUUGGUUCGAUCAAUGGGCCAGUAUUUUGCGUUAUCAGUGGGCAAUGAAGGGCCUGGAAAAGUUGAGCAGAGGAGAAGACAUAUCCCCAACAACCUUCUUUUUAGAAGAAACGCUUCGUCAUCUACAGACGAUAAAGAGGUUAAUGGAGCAAGAGAUGGAGGACCGUGCAAGGAGGGAGGCUCGGCGCCGGGCGCCGGACACCGGGACAGUAAAAGGGGACAGCAGGCAUGAUGGGAAUAGCUGGGAAUCGGGGAAGGCGGCAGUGCCACGUCAGCAAUGCCCCGCCGCCAUGAUGGGUUCAUCAUUGGGCAUGCCAGGCCAAUUGGCCAUCGAGUCCAUUGUUGAGUAUCGACAACGGUUUCUAGCUCAACUCACACUAAUCGAGGCUAAGGAACAGCGUCAGGCUGAAGCAAAUGCAGCAGCUGAAAAACAGCGACUUCAGGCCGCAGCUGACACAGAUGCCCAGGCCCGCCGCAGGGAGGCCCAAAAUCUGCUGCAGCAGCACAAAGCCACCAGCGUCGACUCAAGUUCUGGCAUUUUGAACCAUCCGAGGGCCACGGCGACGCAACACACCGGAGGAGGAGCACAAGGAGUGACCCGGUUGGUUUACACUUGUAACCACCUGCAGUCCGAGUUGGCGAAUCUCCUACGGACAGUGCAUAACCACAAGGAUUUGCACGAGGAUGCUACACGGGCACUCAAUUCCCAUGUGCAAGACUUGGAGCAGGCAGCACCAGGACCAGAUGUUGGCGAACACAGCACUACAGCCUCAACCGGCCAAUUGGAGGAACGAGUUGACCAUGUAGUCACAAUGCUCGGCGACAUCAGCACCUUCGCCGCACCAGCCACCAUCAGCGAGCAGCUUGGCACCUUGCAGACCGAACUCGGGCAGCUGCACCAACCGCCCGACAACGAUUGCAGCACUAGUGCAUCAAAGCACUACAAGGUGCCGACGUUCCAAAUCGAGAAGUUUGACGACUAUACGCAUCAGGACCCAAUCAUCUGGUGGGACGGUUUUACAACGGAGCUUGGGAUCCACGAGGUCCCCGAACACUUGUUCAUCUCGGCGUUGUUCCUCAACGACAAGGGCGGAUGCCAGAUCUGGCUCAGCCACCUGGCAACCAUCUACGGCGUGCAGUUCUACGACCGGUCGUGUGCCGCCUUGAGCCUCGCACUCGAUGAUCGGGAAGAGUACACGACCUUCGCCAAAAUCAUUGACAAGGGUCGUGAGAUCAAGAAGACCAACAGGCCUGUUGCACACGAGAAGUCGGCAUGGCAGCCAGCCCAUGUGGAGAAAGGAAAAUUUGGUCCGCGUCCGCAGCAUGUCGCUGCAGUCCAACCGGACAACAUUGUGGAAGACCCAACAACCACCCCAGCAUCACGUGAGGGAGAUCAGGUGGUCGUCGUCCAGCCGCGAAGCAACAACAACUCCCGUAACAAAGGGAAGGCGAAAAUAUCAUCGCUGGCAGGAAAUGGACAGCCAGUACCGUGGGUCAAGUUUCACUUGACCGAGGCCGAAUACAAGUGGCGCAACCGUACCAGCUCCGUUGAUGGAGUAGAGGUUGCCGACCUUCACGACUACGUUGCGAAGAUCGACCGAGAGUUCAAGACACAACGAGUGCUCCUGGCGAACACAGCGGCUUCCGCGAUGCUCUGGUAUGGAGCCCCUGUCUCAACCCCGGACCCAGUCCCUCAGCGGGAGUACCCGACUGCGCUCUCCAAGUUCAUCUGGAAGAACGAUCCGUUCGCCCCACAUGCAAUCCACCGGGUCUCGUGGCGCAAGCUCAUCCAACCGAGAGCAGGUGGAGGACUGGGCCUGAUUGACCCGGCCACCCAGGUACAGGCGCUGCAGCUGCGUACGGUCAUCUGGCUCCUCCUGGAGCAGGAUGACUCUCCCUGGAAGAUCCUUACAUUGCAGACCAUGGCGGAGGCAGCCCGGCUGCACCCGGUAGACAUGGAGUUGGCCCUAGCCCAACCGGCCAUUCUCACGGAGCUCAAAAGAGGCGCUCUGUGGUCCCCGUUCCUGAAGGCGUGGAGGGGCCUGGCCCCGUUUGAGCUUCAACCACCGGAGUCGACAGACCAGAUUCUCCAGCAGCCUUUGUUCGGCAACCCGCUGAUCCGGGACAACAACGGCAAACAGUUUCCAUGGGCAGGCCCCAGAGGCGCCUUCGGUAAAGCCUGGCUCAAAGCUGGGGUGGCGAGAAUAGCAGACCUCUGGGACCUACAGACCAAGGACUGGCAGCAGGAGGCGGCGCUGCUCAAGCAGCUGGAUGGCCAAACACAUAAGAAGGAACGGCUACACCGCAUCAAGCAGGCGAUCCCGGGGAUAUGGGUGGAUGCUCUUAGAACGAUGCAGAGGUUCGACAGGGAAUGGGUGACGCUCAGAUCUGAAGACCCGGUCCGCCUGCUAUUCCAGAUCACGGCGUGCGUUGGCGGGACCUGGUUGGUGGCUGAAGCCUGGGAGAACCCUCCCUCUGACACUGCCUUCGGACACCCCUUGGCCUUGCAGAGUCUCCCUCUAGGUCAUCCCUCUUUUCAAUGGCCACCUCUUCGUUUUCCCGAUGACGUCGUUCCGCCGCCCCCGUCGACCGCUGCCGCCUCGCAAGUGGCGCCAUCUCCAUGUGCACCACUUGCUCCCCUCGCCCCUCGUCCGCUUCGUCAGACGAUUCCCGCAUCCGUUGAUGGCAGACCAUCUGUGGCAACGCAGCCUGAUGCGCAAGGCACCGUGCCAGUUUCAGGUGUCGGGGAACCUGUGCCGUUCGACGAGCAAGGCACUCGUGCUUUCGUCGAGGGCGGUGGGUGGGGGAAGGACGCUGGCACAUCAUCAGGCCUCGCCCCGUUGUUCACUGGCAACAGGGACAAGGUCCCAAGAGUUCGACGCACAGACACACGUCCGGCCAUGGCAGGAGCACCCGCAACAGGACAUCAAUCCGCUGCGUAUCCAUGGUUGCCUCCCCCUCCUUCGCAAACACGACGGCCUACACCAGACUUGACUUCGGCACCUGUUGGCGAGGCCGCUGCAACGGCCACUGAGGGUGCGGGAAACGUCCAGCUCGACGAGCCCGUCCAGGUUUCGGAUUCGUCACCCACUCCUGUGCCCGUGAACGGCCCGACCUCGCAGCACGGUGUUUUURRGAHAVWRGAUCCUUUACAGAAUCUKCGCAACAUUGCAGCUCCGAGUCCAGGCCCCACCGCAUCACCUGCGGCCGGGGGCGGGGUGUGGGAUUCGCUAGGUAUGGGCGCCGGUGCACGAGUGAGGGGCACUUACAGGCAGCAGGCGGUGACCUCGUAUUACAACGACCCGCUGGAGCACGCAUGGCACCUGCAGAUCAUGYGAUUCAUUGUCGAGAGYGGCAUGCCGUUCAACUGUGUGAAGCUUGAGAGCUUCAAACGCAUGUUGACGUUGAUCAUCCCGCCUGGGGUUCCAGGAGUCCCCACCCCAAAACCCCCAACGUAUCACAUGAUCCGUACCACACUUUUGGAUGAGCUUGAUGUGAAAGUGGUCGUUGAUGAUCGAUGGAAGGACACUGUUUGGUCAACGAAGAAGAUUCGAGACGACGCCGCGGAGGUCACAGCAUGUGUCGGUUGUCCUCAAUGGUGGGAGGAUAUGAGAGCGCUGUGCAAGUUGUUAGAUCCCAUCAUGGACAUGUUGCAGAUGGUGGACAGCGACACGAGGCAGAUUGGCAAGAUUCUGCGUCGGUAUGACGAGAUGAUCGCGCGUUGUUUGUCUGCAUGUGCCGCUUUGGAGAAGGACGAGCAGGACGCGCUGCUUGAAGUGUUUGACAGACGCCGCACCAUGUUCAAGUCGCCUGCUCAUGUUGCUGCCAUGAUGUUGGACCCCGAGUUUCGAGACCGCACGAUGCCUGAUGACGAGGAGAUGCAGCACGGUUUGAAACUCGCUCUGAUUCAGUUUGGGUACCCGGAACAUUCGGAUCAGCACACCGAGCCUGAUGUCGAACUCUACAUUGUCGACAUCAUGGAUCUCCUUGUCUGCAACUCCAUGCAUCAGGAUGCUGAGCUGGUUGAGCUUGACCCGCCACUCCCCGAGCCUCCCGAGCCCCUCGAUCCUUCAGCCUCCUUAUCCUCCCUCACCCUUGGUAGCUCAUCUCACCGUGUUGCAUCCCUUACCACGGAGGCGCCAUCAGUACCUAUUCCCAUACCGACUCCUUCCACCCCUUCUUCAAAUGCUGCUGCUGCCGAGAAGUUUGACAACCUCCUAUCGUCUUUGCAGCCUAGCGUUGCGGCCCUCCUUCGCGAGUAUCGACAUGUUUUCCCUCCAUUUGUCUCCUAUAGCAGCAUCCCUCCUAUGCGCGAUAUAGAGCACCACAUCCGGCUCGAAUCUAACUACCGUAUUCAGCAUCUCGCCCCAUAUCGCCUCCCGGUCCCUGAAGCCCUAAAACUUAAACGCCAAAUUGACGAGCUGCUUCGUCAGGGCUUCAUUAAACCGAGUACGUCCCCAUGGAGUGCACCUGUCCUCUUCGAUCGCAAGAAGGACCUCCGCCUCUGCCUCGACUACCGCGGUCUCAAUGAGUAUACGGUCAGAAACAGUUAUCCUAUGCCCCGCGCGGAUGAUCUGUUCGAUCGCCUCUCCGGCCACCACUUUUUCACGAAGAUCGAUCUUCGUAGCGGAAACCACCAGAUCCACGUAGCAGAGGAGGACCAGCCUAAGACCGCUUUCCGUUCUCGCUUUGGGCACUACGAGUUUACCGUCAUGCCUUUCGGUCUCCGUAAUGCUCCUGCCACCUUCCAGACGGCUAUGAACACGAUGUUCCAAGACCUUGAGGGCUCGGUUCUAGUCUAUAUUGACGACAUCGUGGUCUACAGUCGUACCUUAGAGGAGCACCUGUUCCACCUUCGCACUGUCCUCCAACGAUUACGUGACCAUGGGUUCUAUGCGAAGCUCUCCAAAUGCUGCUUCGCUCAACCCAAAGUCGACUUCCUGGGGCAUCAGGUCUCCGAGCACGGACUCGACAUGGACGACACGAAGAUUCAGGCAGGCCAUUCCCCCGUUCCACACCUCCCUGACUACUCUCGUCCAUUCAUUGUCACCACGGACACUUCGGACUUUGCUAUUGGAGCUGUCCUAUCUCAGAUCUACUCAGCCCCUUCUACUCCACCCGAUUCCACGGAGUCUCGACUCUCGCGCAUUCCCCGAUUCCCUCCUCCACGUCCAAGGACUGCGGCUCACCUCGCACCCAUUCAGCCUACUCCUUCAGGAGCCCCCCCGCCAUAUAUUCUUGACGUCGCCGAUGACGGUACAGUUGGGUCUCGCAAUGGAGAGUGUCCGGUUGCUUAUCUCUCUCGACAACUACUUCCCACGGAGCGUAACUAUACUGCUGACGAGCGUGAGGUUCUCGUGCUGGUUUACACUGUUAAGAAGUGGCGUCAUCAUCUACACGGUCAUACCUUCACCGUGCUCACGGACAACUCUGUCCUCGCCGCCUCUCAGACGAAGCCUAAACUCACUUCUCGUCAGGCUCGUUGGUGGCGUGAUCUUUCCGAGUUCGACUUCACGAUCAGGAAGAUCUCCGGUGAGAGCAACCGUGUCGCAGAUGCCCUAUCUCGUCGCCCUGACCUCAAGUGUGAUGAUCUGCAGCUCUCUGCUCUUUCUGUCUCUACUCCCAUUAUCCAUCUCGCUUUCCUAGAUGAGUACCGUCGUGCUUACCCCCAGUGUUUUGGGUUAAAGUCCAUCUAUGCUGAAUUACAGGCUGCCAAGACCGUCCCUAACUUCCAGCUUGACCCCUCUGAACUCUUGUACUGGCUUGGACUCAAUCAUCCUCGUACUCCUCGUUUAUGUGUGCCUUCUACCAGCCAGCUCCUUGUUCGGGCAGUCGCUGAGAGUCAUGAUCAGCGUGCCGCCGAUCAUUUCGGUGUCUACAAGACUCUUGACCGCCUCUACCGCCAUUACUAUUGGAGGCACCGCCGCACCUUCGUUAUGGAGUAUGUCCGCACGUGCAAGAUCUGCCAAGAGGCCAGUAUUACCACUAAAGACAUCGCCUCACUCUGUUUCAACCGCAUCGCCAUUCAUCACGGUCUCCCUACCAGCAUUGUCUCUGAUCGCGACCCCCGCUUCACUUCCCACUUCUGGCGUGGACUCCACAAGAUCUAUGGCUCUGAGCUUUACUUCUCCUCUUCUUACCAUCCCCAGUUAGACGGACAGACCGAGGUCACCAACAAAACUCUUGGGAAUAUUCUCAAGAAGUUUGUUGAGAAUGACUUUGAUUGGGACCUCCAUCUCGCCAAUGCAGAGAUUGCUUAUAACCAUGCUAUUUCACCAGCCACCGGCAUGUCUCCUUACUACUGUGACUUGGGACAUCACCCCCAUGUCCCAUCUGAUCUCCUUCGUCCAUCUCAGAUACAUCCUGACACUAAAUGCCCCGCUCUUGAUGACUGGGUUAAGGAGAUGGAUGAGAUUCUCAGCAACGCUCGCAAGAGUAUUGCUGACUCCCAGACUCGCAUGGCUACUAGCGCCAACCGUUCCCUCAUCGAUCACACCUUCAAAGUUGGCGACGAAGUCCUCGUCGACGCGCGUCACUUCCAGCUCGAGGCCGACACGAUUCGGAAAUUCAGACGCAGAAGGCGGUCGGGAGGCACGAUCCUGGCGUUCCGUUCGCAUAAGGUGGGCGGUCUGGAGGUCCUCAAUGGUGAAUUGGGAGGGGUAGAGAGAGGCAAUGUCGAAGACGUCAUCGGAGGUGGGUGGAGUGGUGUCGUUAUGGAAAAAGCGGGGGCGGGAGGGAGUGGGCGCGGACUGGUGAUGGGGGUGGAGUCGUCGAUCGUGGUGAAGCAUGCGAGAGAGGAGGUCAGCAAGGGGCAUGUCGGGUUCGUGGGCGAGGGCGGUUGUAAGGUCUUUGUGGCAUACUCGUUUGAUGCGGGAGAUGAACACAAAGUCGAGAAUGACGGUGGUGGGGAGGUGGUGGCGGAGGGAGCGGACAUAUUGGACGAAGCGGUCCAUGGGACUGGUCUGGCGGAGGUGGCAGAAUUGUUCAAGGUUGUCAUCAAUGGUUUUCGAGGGGCGAAAGGUGGCAGUGAGAAGGUUGGCCCAUUGGCGGAAGGAGUGACGUGGUCCUUCGGAGGCUCGGCGGUUGCUGACUUCAGCCAUCCACCAUUUGGCKGCAUUGCCCAGGAGGCGGGAGGUGGCAAUGGGGAGCCAGUGGGCAAGGGGCAUGUGGUGGAGCUGAAAAGAGUUCUGAAGCUGGGUUAGGAAGAGGAAAACGUCCUCGUGGGGGAGGCCGGAGAAGGACAUGAUGUUGCCGGAUCGG